GGAUUUUGUGAAAGAUACCGUUUCUGCGCUCCAUAUAAAUCCUUUAUGUUGAAUCCCGAAAUUAAUUCUCGUAAUAACACCAAUCUAAAACCCUGUGAUCAUGAAAUCUUUCCACGAAAAUGUAAAGUGUCUUCAAAGAUCCUGAUUAAACAGCAUUUGAAUGCCCAUUACAGAAAUAUUCAAUCCGUAAAAGCCUAUGUCGACAAUACGACACCUUACUCAUUUUCACACAAUCCAACCACCAAGGGUUAUCUGAAGUCAUACAAAGGAGCUAAUAGAAGACCCCUUUCAACUAGACCAGAAUCAAAUAGUCUCUGUAAUCUGACCGCUAUAAAUACAUUUUCAGAUGAUCCUGAGGUUGAUAGGAUUGUGAGAAGAUUUAUCCUUGAUAGUAACGAUAAACUUAUGGAACCACUUGGGUUAGGUGAGCAUCGUUCGGAAGUUGUCGACAACAAAAAUACAUGCGAGAAAUGUGAUUGCUCAGAUGGAGAACCUAUAAUCUUACGAAAGCUGGAUGUAGAUUGUUCUAGCACCAAAACUGCUCAUCGAAGGCAGUCAUUGAGCACUGAUGUUUUAGAUAUCCACCGGGAUAAGUUUACUAGUCCUAAACCAUUUUCUCCAAGAACAAUGAAAUCAAACGUCUCAUCCAAACUUAUUACUUUGCGAUGUUACAAUCCACCUAAAAGAAUUAGUCGUCGUCAGUCUGAUUCGAAAGUUUCUUUGGAUGUUAAACCUGUAAUGCACUUCAAGAAACAAGUGGGAACCUGUACAACAAAUUCAGAUAUGGAGGCAAUUGACAAUACUAAACAUGAAGAAUCGAAUACAGAUAGAGGAGAAACCACUUUCUCUCAUUUAAACAAGAGAAUAUCUAAUUAUUCUUCUAAACAUAUCCUGCCAUCUUCUCAUCACAGACGUAUUUCACAAAAAAAUCGACAAAAUCAAUCGAUGUCUACUGAGUAUAUUGAUGGACUGCAUAAUUUUGGUAAAGUUAAACAGUGGCUAAACACACUACCCGGUAAUAGUAUAGUCCAUAAACCAGAGAUUGCUACAUCCGCGCAAUGUAGUGAAGAGAAACUGGAAAAGUCGUUUACAGAGAAAAACGUUUAUACAGAUAAUACAGAUAAACAAAUGCUGAAUAAACCAACUGGGAAUGAAGUGUCAAUUGAAAAUUUAAAGAAUGAAGUCAACUAUUUGAAAUUCAUAUCUUCUGUUACGGACGAUGUAUUAACACGUGGUGUUCUUACUGAUAAAAAUGUCAAUACCAUUCUACAUGAACAUGCAACUAUAAAUGAAUAUGGACUGUCAAAAGAUCAAAUCAAAAAUGCAAUUCAACAUAUUAGAACACAAUUAAAUGUAAGGAAUGAAGUGACAACUACUACUCCACUUACUACCGAUAUGAGUCAUUUACUGAAUUCCAAUUCUUCAGGCUUACUAUUCCAUGAUAAUGAGACGAUGAUAAAUAAUGUUGAAAAUGAAAAGAAUCAUGUACAACAACAAGGACAACACCAAAACCAGCCAACUGUCAGUUAUAAGACCGUAUUAGAUAUUAAACCAUUAUGUAGAUCUACUUCAUCAUUGUUCUCAGUACCUUGCAAUCAAAGUCAUCAGUCAAAUAAUCGUUUAUCAAUAACAGCAACACCACCACCACCACCAACAACAACUUCGAUAACUAUUAGACCAAAUCAAAGCAUUAAUAUACCAAAAGAUGUUCAGGAAGUAUUUCAACAUUUAAUGAAUACAAAUGAUACUGAUACAGUGGAUGGAAUAAAUAAUAAUAAAUUAUUGCAACAUGAUUAUGAAUUACAAAAAGAUAAAUGUUCAGUUAAUCAACAGCAAAAUGUUUAUAUGGAAAAAUCGGUUGAUAAACAGAAUCUAUCAUUAAACAGAUAUGACACUAAUGAUGAACACAUUGAAGUAUCUCACAAACAUCAUUGUGAAGACAUAAUUAACGAAGACAUAAAAAAUUAUGAAAAUACUUUAAAUAACCAAUUUAAUGCUUUAUUGGUUUCUAAUACUACCACUAAUACAACUAUUACAAAUAAUAAUCCUGUCAAUAAUUCAACACUAUCGAAUCCAUUGAAGUUAAUACAACAAACAAAAUCUAAUGAAGCAUUUAAUAAUAUACAGAUUCAAUAUAAUUCUGUAGAUGCAAAAACUCACUUGAUAAUUGAGCAUAAUGAUAAUGAUAACGAGAAUAAUGAUGAAAAUGUUGAAGAAAAGCAUAAUUCACGUCAAAAUCGUGUGAAAUUUGCAUCAGAAGCUGAAUUUUUCUCACCUUCAUAUUGUAGUGAACAAGCAACUUCAAUAAGCAGUUUCACUGAUUUAUCUCAUCUAUCUAACUUUUCUACUAUUACUACUACUACUGCUAUCACAACAACAACAACAACAACGACAACUGUCACUAUUAGUCCUAGUAUAACUGAUACUACUGAAUUUGAUCUAUACACUUCACCUGAAACAAUGACUACAAUUUUAAAUAAGUCAUCUUUACAAACUUCCAGUUUAAACAAUGACAUAAAUAAUAUUCAUAAUUCUGAAAUGUAUAAGGAAUUUUUAGAUUUAGAAACUAAGAGGGAUAAAAAUAAAGAACAAGAAACAUUAUAUAAUAGAUGA